AUGGGUGAAGCUGCGUUUGUACUUGGUAUAGAAAUCAAGAGAGACAGAGAAAGAAAAGCUUUGGGAUUGUGUCAAAGAAACUACAUUGACAGAGUGCUUAAGAGGUUUGCAAUGGAAACAUGUAAAGCAGGUGAGUCACCAAUGUCAAAAGGGGAUAAGCUACACUCAGGGCAAUGUCCCAAAAACUCACUAGAAAAGAAAGAGAUGGACAAAAGACCAUAUGCUAGACUGGUUGGGAGCUUAAUGUAUGCUCAAGUGUGCACAAGGCCAGACAUUGCCUUUUCAGUUGGGGUAUUGGCAAGAUAUAAGUCCAAUCCUGGGAAUGAUCAUUGGGUUGCAGGCAAGAAGGUACUCAGGUAUUUACAGAAAACAAAAGAUUAUAUGCUGGUAUAUAGAAGAAUUGAAGAUCAGGACCUUGAGAUCAUUGGAUACACAUAUUCUGAUUACAAAGGUUGCAUCGAUGACUUGAAAUCUACCUCAAGGUAUAUCUAUAUGUUGGCAGGAGGUGCAAUAUCUUGGAGAAGUGUUAAACAGUCUCUAACAGCCACUUCAACUAUGCAUGCUGAAUAUGCGGCUAUUCAUGAUGCUACUGCUGCAGUGUUUUUUGCUAAGAACAAUAAGAGAUCCACAACCUCGAGGAAUAUAGAUGUGAAGUACUAUGCAGUCAGAGAAAGUGUGAGAAACAAUGAAAUUGAAAUAAUCAAAAUCGGCACCCUAGCUCAACUUGCAGAUCCUUUCACAAAGGCCAUUGCAGUAGCACCUUUUCAGGUACAUGUCAAAAAUAUGGGUGUCUUAGAGAAUUUUGACAUGGCUGAAUGA